AGUCGAUGCAAAAAUACUAGUACAACCCGGUACUACAUGAAAGAUUUUUUACGUUGAACACCAGCAGAGACAUGAAAGCACGCGGCCGUUGCGCGCUUCUUUGCACCGGAACAAAGGAUUUGUAAAAGCCCGUGGCUAGUGCAACGCGAGUACGACGGACUGUGACCUCCGCUCGGUGCGUUAGUUGUCACGCGUGCUGCCGAACGCCGGAACGUGAGGGAGGCGAAGCAGCGCCGCGCUUCGUCCGGCGCAGAGUUUUCACUUCGUUGCUCACGCUGCUGUGAAGAUCGUUAGAAGGACUGCUAGGAGCACAGGAAAGUAGUUUCGAGGAGACCUGAAGAUCCUGCCGGAGCUCCUCUGGGUUUAUUUCAGAAGCUACAACUACCUCGACCUCCCACGACCUUGCCUAGUGCGUACGAAUCACCAUCUCCACCGCCAUCAUGACGCACCAGGGUAUGGAGUACUGCCCACUGAAGGGCUCGGUCCCCCCGAUCCGUCCGGGCGCAAAACUGUUGGGCAACGAUCCGUACUACCUGGUUAGCCCUACUUCGUUCGCCGUGGGCACCGUGAAGCAGGACGCGGUCAAGUGGCGCAACGUCGCGUUUGACGGGGGCGAGCCGCCCGCGCGAGUGUCUUUUGUUCCGUUUCUCGUGCACAUCGACAACCGGCCCUUCGUGUUCGUUUUCGGAGGGCAGCUGGUGGAGGAGGUGGUGCCGACCCUGAAAGACGACAACGACGGCGGCGAGUUUGGCGGCUUGCAGCGCGGAAAGAAGAAAAAGGAGGAGCCACCGAAGCUGCGGUUCACGCCCAGCACGAAAAUGUACUGCUGUGACGUGGAACAGCGCGCGUGGAGGUCCGUGCGCAUGAAGGACCCCACGCCCGCACCCAGGGCCUUCGCGACGGCCGCAGUCAUGGAAAGGAGUAAGCAGUGUACGGGUUGUAGUUCAAAAGUUCUUUUCGAUGUGGUUCUAGUUCAUCUACAUCGAAUAAGUUUUUGAUUGCUUGGUACUAUCAUAAACGUGUGAAGACGAGGGGAAGAAAUAAUCAUCUCUCAUCUUCUGCUUUAUUGACACCCCAAGGGUUCUUCUGCUUUUCUGUUCCACAGGUCAGUGCGCCGUGAUCGCGUUUGGGCAGGGGUUGCCGGAGAACCUGAAGCUGGCGGACAGCUGGGUGUUCGACUACUCGAAGGCUACCAUCUCCUUUCCAGACAUCGAGAACUGCUUUUGGCGCAAGAUCUACACCGAGCAGCACGCGUAUGACGAGCCGCAGCCCGGGCCGCGGCUGCAGCCCGCGAGCAUGUUUCUCCCCACGCCGAAGGGGGACGCCGAGGAGAUGCUGAUCUUCGGCGGGCAGGUGGGCGAUGUCGGGGCGAACAGCGACGCCGUCUGCGACGACAUGUGGAAACUUGAUAUCAAGCAGGAAAAGUGGGUACCGGUGAAAUACGCCGGCUAUUACCCGGGUGCGAGGAGGGACGCCUACUUUGUGCAGGCCAGCCCGACGGAGGUGCUUUUCGUCGGCGGUAGCGCGGAGUUGCUCGCGCCAAACGCCAGUUCCGACGUCGUGGGCAACAUCAGCUCACCACCUCCGAGUCCAAAAAGCGGCACGGUUGCGGGGAACCAGGUUGGUCUUGUUUUCGGCUUUUCUUGGACAGCGUCGUGCAAAAGUUUUUUGUCCUUUUUACGGAUGGAAACAAGAAUAAGUACCCAUCGUUGUGCAAGUUUCACGUAAGGCGCAAAAUAACAAGCGUAUUCAUCAAUUUUUCAUACCACAGUCGACCCAGUUUUCCAGCAAUCUAGGGGCAGCAGUCGCGAUAGACCAGUGUCUGGAGACGUUAGUGUUCGACACGGAGCUCGCAAUUUUCACCCGGCCGGCCAUCGGCUUCCUCCCGAAGAACGUGCCCGGGAAGGCUUUGUUUCUGGGUAACAAGCUGCCGUGUCUCUUUAUGAGCAAGAAGACGAAACACGGGUACAUCCAGUAUCCCGCCCCGAAAAAACCGCCACCAAAACGGGAGGAGCCGACCGAGGAACUGACGCGCAACGACGCGGAGAGGAUGCUUUUCAGAACGCGAAAGGAAAUGGACGAAUUAGAAAAUGAGCUUCAGGUGGGUUACUUAAGUAGUACAGUUCCUUAGUAUAAUUUCCACGCGACGUCGCGUCCGUGUGAACAGCCAAGCGGGCCUUCUUGCUGCGGUUCCAAUUUGGUUUUUGAUGUAUGCGAAGAAGCAAUCAGACUCUCGCUCGCUGCUGCGAUAGCAAAACUAUGCGUUUUUUGAUUUCUUGAUAUGAUCCCUAUGGAUAUCGAUAUAUCAGGCCGUCUGCAAGGAGCGUCUGGACUUGCGGGCGCAGAUUGAAGAGCUGCAGGCCGACGAGCAGCAGGAGGGAAAAAUGGAGGCCAACGAUAUGCAUUGCAAACAGGUACCGCAGUCGUACAAGGUGCAGCUGUGGUGCAUGACAGAAAGGCUUGUUAACCCAACUCAGGCUCAGCAUCACGAAAGCAACGCUUUCUUCUGAAAAGAUUUGUGAUGCGAUUUUACAACUGCGAUACGAUACCUUUUACGAUUUGCAUAACCGAGGCCUACAAGCAAAUCGAGGAGUUGCGGCAAAAAUUGCAGAAGGAGGAAGACCUGGAAACCGAGAUCUUGCACUGGAUCAAGGAGGAAACUACGUGGCGAAGGAAUUUCAGCUACCUGAACCGGCAACUGAAAAACCUGAUUGCCACUGCGGAAGCAAAGUACUUCAGCGAGCAACUGCUCGAAACCGCCGUGGAGAACGGUCUGGAUUCCCUUCCCAGUCCGCAGGAGCCGCAAAGUAAGCUGGCCAAGAAAAAGUCCAUGAGCGCGGAGCAUUUGGCCGAAAACAAAAUGAACGACUUCGAGAAGGACACGGAGGUCGCCUACAAAACGCACGCGGAGCAGAUACAAAUGCUGCGGGAACUGCUGAAAACCUGUCCCGAGUACCGCGAACUGCUGCAGCUGUCGAAAAUCCGGGCGCAGCAGAAAAAAACCCGAAAGUCGGUGAUUGACAAGCAGAUGCCGCCCGAGUUUCUGGCGCAGAUCAGCGGCGCGGGCGGGGGCAACGCGAGCAGUGCCGCGAGUCGGAAGAACAGCAGCGCGAGCGGCGGAGGUGCGGGCAGCGUGUCGUCCAGGAAAAACUCGACCGGAUCCGCGGGGUAAGGGUCCUCGUCGUUAGUAUUCGGAUUUCCAUGGAGAAGAAGAAAUGCACACAUAUAUGAUCCGCUGAAGUGUUAAAGUAGAGUGUUUCUGCAGCUGAAACAACUGCUAGCGGACGUUGACGAUCCACAAGCUGCUGGAAACACGCAUCAAUGGAACAUCCUGACGGUGAGUGUUGAGCCUUGCACUGCCAGUCAGUGAGUGAGUCCCUGGACAAGAAGUCGAA